GUGCGUGUGUGUGUGUGUGCGUGCGUGUGUGUGUGUGUGUGUGUGUGCGCGCCGGUGCGUGGGGUGCGACCCCUGGGACCGACGCGAAGCUGGGACAGUUGUGUUGACAGUUCGUCACAGCGCAGGGGACCGCGGCUGGAGAGUUUGUUUGGGGACCCCGGUGACAGGGUGCCACUUGGUCGAGGAGGCCUGGGACCGAGGACUUUUCUUGGAGUCUGGGAGACCCAGGCUGUGACAAGUGUGUGACAGCGAGACUGAGGCCGUGGCGGUGUAUGUAGGAGGGAGGAGCUUUAUAUACAGGUUUACAGCAUAGUUGAAAAACCUCAGGUAGAAGAGAGCGAGUUUUCCUCCUGCUGGAUGUUGAUGUCAGAGGGUCAAGGCCGGGGCAGGAAGCCAGGACUAGAAAACAGGUUGCACUUGUAGGCUAACCAGCAACUCACAGAGACCCGGUGGGGCUGGGGCCCAACAGACCGUCUCCAAAACAACACGGAGAAACCCUGUCUCAAAAAACAAACGGUGACUGAACACAUUUCCCCUCUCUUCCCUUUUUGAGGAAGUGGCUUUCAGGAGCAGCUCCUUGGCAGUGUCUUCCAGAUGACACGGCCCCUCUGAUGCCCACUGUGUAAAGUAGCUUCAUUCGGGAGCCUAUUUCUCAUCCUUGUGGAAAGGGUAGAGACACACUUCCUGUUAGCAUCAUCAUCUGUACACUGUAAAUUCAGGUCUGGUUUCCAGUUUGGCUCAGUUACUUGCCCAGCGACUCCCUCGGGUAUCUUCAGCUGUGAAAAACCUUUGUGUGCGAAAGGCCGGAAGGUUCUUACUUGAUAACGCCUUCGCUCUUACUAUUUUAUCGCUGUAAGUGGAAGAGAUAAUGUAGACAUGAAAGUGCGUGUUGAGUUCCGGAGUUCUAAAGUACACGGGGAAAGUAACUGAAUUUAAAGAAUGGAAGGCUUCUGGGCUGGCGGUGCUGGAGGCAGCCGGGCGCACUUGGAACUCACCGUUUCUUUUUCCUGUCCAGCUCUGCUUUCUCAGGACAUCACCCCCCUCCCAGAAACGCAGCCGUAUAUUCUUGAAGCUUGAACGCCAUGUCCAAGGAGCUGGUGACCUUUGGGGAUGUAUCUGUAAACUUCACUCGAGAGGAAUGGAAAUGCCUGAACGAUGCUCAGAGAGACUUGUACAGGAAGGUGACCCUGGAGAACUACAGGAGCCUGGUGUCGCUGGGAAUUCCUGUUUACAAGCCAGCUGUGAUCUCACUACUGGAACAAGGAAAAGAGCCCUGCAUGGUGCAGAAGGAGGGAUCCAGCGGUGCAAGCCCUGAUUGGGAUUAUGUAUUCAAAGGCGUUGAAUUUUCAUCAAAGCAAGAUAUUUAUGAAGAUUCAGCCAAAGUCCUACCAGUGGAAAGAAGCCAUUUUAGCUAUAGCCUUGACUAUCCCAAUUUGAAAGACCAUCCAAGUGAAGACUGGUUUCAGAACAAGUUGGGAGGUCAGGAGGCACAUUCUAAUCAGCUUCAUAGAGACACCCCUGAAGAUCAAAGUAGCGGGGGUGAUCCAUCUUGGCAAUCAUUCCAUCAGGAUGCAAUACUCGAUGUCCCCCAAAGUUACUCUACCAAAGAAAGAGGACCUCAGUGUGAGUCACGAAAGAGAAGCUACCAGAAAAAGCCUGCUGAACUGAGACACAAGAAGGUCCAUGGAGAAAAGAAAGUCCUCAAAUGUAAUGAAUGUGAAAAGGUCUUUAACCAGACCUCAUCCCUUACUCUCCAUCAGAGAAUUCACACCGGAGAGAAGCCCUUCGCGUGCAUUGAAUGCGGGAAAGCCUUCAGCCAGAGCGCAAACCUAGCUCAACAUAAGCGAAUCCACACCGGGGAGAAGCCUUACGAGUGUAAGGAAUGUCGGAAGACCUUCAGCCAGAAUGCGCAUCUUGCUCAGCAUCAAAGAGUCCACACCGGAGAGAAACCUUAUCAGUGUAAGGAGUGUCAGAAAGCCUUCAGCCAGAUCGCGCACUUGACGCAGCAUCAGAGAGUCCAUACCGGAGAGAGACCUUUUGAGUGUAUGGAGUGUGGGAAAGCCUUCAGUAACGGUUCGUUCCUUGCUCAGCAUCAGCGGAUUCACACGGGAGAGAAACCUUAUGUGUGCAAUGUGUGUGGGAAAGCGUUCAGCCACCGAGGAUACCUGAUUGUACAUCAGAGAAUCCAUACCGGAGAGAGACCCUAUGAAUGUAAAGAAUGCAGGAAGUCUUUCAGCCAGUAUGCACAUCUUUCUCAACACCAGAGAGUCCACACGGGAGAGAAACCUUACGAAUGUAAAGUCUGCAGGAAAGCUUUUAGUCAGAUGGCCUACCUUGACCAGCAUCAGAGAGUUCACACGGGAGAGAAGCCCUACGAGUGCGCCGAGUGCAGAAAGACCUUCAGCAACAGCUCAUCGCUCACUCAGCACCAGAGGAGCCACACGGGAGAGAAGCCCUACACGUGUAAGGAAUGUCAGAAGACCUUCAGCCAGAACGCGGGCCUUGCUCAGCAUCAGAGGAUCCACACGGGAGAGAAGCCGUAUGAAUGUAGCAUUUGCGGGAAAGCCUUCAGUUACAGUGGGUCUCUUACCCUCCAUCAGAGGAUCCACACUGGGGAGAGGCCGUACGAGUGUAAAGACUGCAGCAAGUCCUUCAGACAGCGUGCACAUCUCGCUCAUCACGAGAGGGUCCACGCGAUGGAGGCGCUCCUGUCCCUUUCCUCCCCGCCACCCUCUGCAUCCAGCCAGUCGCCAAUAGCUCUACAUAGUCUCGAUCUCCUAAACAUGAUCCAGAUCUGACCCAUUAGGACAUUUAUAUUUCAUCAUCCUGGCGUCUACGUGUCGAAUCUGUUUUAUGUGGGUUACUGAAAUAGCUUUCCGGUAUAUCCACCCACGCCUCUGUCUUUUCACUUUCAAAAAGCACCUUUUGGUCACAUUAUUUAUCCUCCAUUACUUAAGAUGACUCACUGACACCUAAAAGUUCAUAGGGGAAAAAGCACACAGUCCUUAAGGUAACCUAGCAGGCCCCUUAUUUCAAACUGCCUUCUAAAGCCUUUAUGCCACUGUCCCCAUCCCUGUAGAGUGAGCAUAGAUCCAGAAUCUAGUCCUUGCUGUUCCAUUUUCCAUCCCUAAGUUCAGAGCAUUUGGUCCCUUGUACCCUUCAGGAGACUAAUAAUGGUUCUACCUCAAGUUAUUGGGAGAAGUAAACCACGCAUGUCAGUUUCUGAGCAGAGUGCCUAGUGUAAAAUACUAUUAAUCUACAAUAAAGAUAUGAUGCUGCA